GGCAGGGAAUUACUGCCGGGUAGGAGUUCGCGGAAGGGCGCCGUCCUGCUGGAGCGGGAGGCCAGGCCAAGCCAAGCCUUCCCCAGGCUGCAGCUCCGAUACACCGAAGUGUGUCCGCCCGCUACGCGCGGUACCAGGAUGCGUGGCCAUCUCCAACCUCCGGCUCCGACACCUUGCCCAGGCAGGGUCUGCGCCCCCACCGCCUCCAGCCCACGCGCGCAGGGGGCGCGCACGUGGUGACCUGCCUGGGGCCGGGUUCCCGGCUCCGGCUCCUCCUCCCUCCGGCUCCUGCUCGGCUUUCUGCAGCAUCACGUGCAGCCGCGCUGGGUGCAGGAUGGCGGCGGCGGCGGCGGCAGCCGCGCCGGGUGUCAGGCUCUGGGACUGCUGCAGCCAGGGCGCUGUGCUUCUGCUCUUCUUUUCCCUGUCUCCUCGGCCCCCGGCCGCCGCCGCCUGGCUGCUGGGCCUGCGGCCUGAGGACACUGCUGGAGGCCGCGUGUCCCUGGAGGGGGGCACCCUGCGCGCCGCCGAAGGCACCAGCUUCCUCCUGCGCGUUUAUUUCCAGCCCGGGCCCUCAGCGCCCGCCGCGCCGGUGCCCGCACCCACCCUCUCCCCGGGGGAGAACGGCACCGGCGACUGGGCUCCGAGGCUCGUGUUUAUCGAGGAGCCCCCGGGCGGGAGCGGCGUGGCGCCCAGUGCGGUCCCCACGCGGCCCCCGGGGCCGCAGCGCUGCCGGGAGCAGAGCGACUGGGCGUCGGACGUGGAAGUCCUGGGGCCCCUGCGCCCCGGGGGCGUGGCGGGCUCUGCCCUGGUCCAGGUGCGGGUGCGGGAGCUGCGCAAGGGCGAGGCGGAGCGGGGCGGCGCGGGCGGUGGCGGGAAGCUCUUCUCGCUGUGCGCCUGGGAUGGGCGCGCUUGGCACCACCACGGCGCCGCCGGCGGCUUCCUGCUGCGCGUCCGCCCGCGGCUCUACGGCCCGGGUGGGGACCUGCUGCCCCCCGCGUGGCUGCGGGCGCUCGGGGCGCUCCUGCUGCUGGCCCUGUCCGCCCUGUUCAGCGGCCUGCGCCUGAGCCUGCUCUCGCUGGACCCGGUGGAGUUACGGGUGCUGCGGAACAGCGGCUCGGCCGCCGAGCAGGAGCAGGCGCGCCGCGUGCAGGCCGUGCGCGGCAGGGGCACCCAUCUGCUCUGCACCCUGCUCCUGGGCCAAGCCGGAGCCAACGCGGCCCUGGCCGGCUGGCUGUACGCCUCGCUGCCGCCGGGCGUCGGGGGCACCGGGGAAGACUACAUCGAGGCGGGGAUUCACUUCCCGUGGCUGCCUGCGCUGGUGUGCACGGGCGCCGUGUUCCUGGGCGCCGAGAUCUGCCCCUACUCAGUGUGUUCGCGCCACGGGCUGGCCAUCGCGUCGCACAGCGUGUGCCUGACCCGGCUCCUGAUGGCGGCCGCCUUCCCCGUGUGCUACCCACUGGGUCGCCUGCUGGACUGGGCGCUGCGCCAGGAGAUCAGCACCUUCUACACGCGGGAGAAACUGCUGGAGACGCUACGGGCGGCGGACCCCUACAGCGACCUUGUGAAGGAGGAGCUCAACAUCAUCCAGGGCGCCCUGGAGCUGCGCACCAAGGUAGUGGAGGAGGUGCUGACCCCCCUCGGGGACUGCUUCAUGCUGCGCUCCGACGCGGUGCUUGACUUCGCCACCGUCUCCGAGAUCCUGCGCAGCGGCUACACUCGCAUCCCGGUCUAUGAGGGCGACCAGCGGCACAACAUUGUGGACAUUCUGUUUGUCAAGGACUUGGCCUUCGUGGACCCCGACGACUGCACCCCGCUUCUCACGGUCACGCGCUUCUACAACCGGCCCCUGCACUGCGUGUUCAACGAUACACGGCUGGACACGGUGCUGGAGGAGUUUAAGAAGGGAAAGUCUCACUUGGCCAUUGUCCAGCGGGUGAAUAAUGAGGGGGAAGGGGACCCCUUCUACGAGGUGAUGGGCAUUGUCACACUGGAGGACAUCAUAGAGGAGAUCAUCAAGUCCGAGAUCCUGGACGAAACUGACCUCUACACCGACAAUCGGAAGAAGCAGCGGGUCCCGCACCGGGAGAGGAAGCGGCAUGACUUCUCCUUGUUUAAGCUCUCCGACUCCGAGAUCAGGGUGAAGAUCUCACCCCAGCUCCUGCUGGCCACACACCGCUUCAUGGCCACAGAAGUAGAGCCCUUUAAGUCUCUGUACCUCUCGGAGAAGAUCCUGCUCCGGCUCCUGAAACAUCCCAACGUGAUCCAGGAGCUGAAGUUUGAUGAGAAGAACAAGAAGGCCCCAGAACACUACCUCUACCAGCGCAACCGCCCCGUGGACUACUUUGUGCUGCUUCUGCAGGGGAAAGUCGAGGUGGAGGUUGGAAAGGAAGGCCUUCGCUUCGAGAAUGGAGCCUUCACCUACUAUGGUGUCCCGGCCAUCAUGACCACUGCUUGCUCAGAUAAUGAUGUACGGAAGGCUGGAAGCCUGGCUGGAUCCUCUGUCUUUCUGAACCGGUCCCCUUCUCGCUGCAGCGGCUUGAAUCGCUCCGAGUCUCCGAGCCACGAGCGCAGCGACUUGGCGGGGAGCAACACGCAGCUGUACGGCGGCAGCAACAACCUGUACCUGCCCGACUACUCUGUCCACAUCCUCAGCGACGUGCAGUUCGUGAAGAUCACACGGCAGCAGUACCAGAAUGCACUCACCGCCUGCCACCUGGACAGCUCACCCCAGUCCCCCGACAUGGGCGCCUUCACUGACGGGGACUCCAGCAAGGCCCCCACGACCCGGGGCACGCCUCAGACCCCCAAGGAUGACCCUGCUGCCGUCUCACUCCUCAACCACAGGAGCAGCCUCCCGUGCAGCCGCUCGGACGGGCUGAGAAGCCCCGGCGAGGUGGUGUACCUGAGGAUGGAGGAGCUGGCUCUCACCCAGGAGGAGACAACCGACUUGGAGGAGCAGAGCACACAGCAGCUCUCGCUGUCUCCCGCAGCAGGUCCCACAGGAGCAGCGUCAGACAAUGAAUGUUGUAACAUCCACCUGGACACGGAGACCAGCCCUUGCAGUAGCGACUUCGAAGAAACCAUGGGCAAGAAGCUGCUGCGAACCUUGAGUGGUCGAAAAAGGAAGAGGUCUCCAGAUGGAGAGAGAAGCGCAGAGGAGAACUCCAACCUGACACCGCUGAUCACGUGAGCAGCACAGACAGAGUCGGCCGGGCGUGUGGGGCUCCAGAGCUUUGGGGAGAACCCGCCCUCCAGCACCUGCUCCCCGAGGCCCCCCCAGGUGACAGAGCAUUCUGCCUUUCUUCCGCCUCUCCAUCCCCAGCUGUCAGUGUGGCACAUUUUCCCUCGUUGCCUCCAACUUGACUCAGAGCCUUGCUGUGGCUGUAAUGGAAGGAAGUGCCUCAGAUGGAAAAUGCUAGCCCAGGCUGGGCCUGCAGAAGAGAUGACCCCCACCCAACAAUGCUGCUCUGGGACCCCUGAUGAUCUCUGGGCUUCCCCAUGUCCUGGAACUCACCACUCUGUCCUCCGGAGCAAAAGGACACCUUCCUGCCCCGCUGCACGCUCAGCUGAGCUCUGAGGUGCCCCUGGCAGACAGGCACACAGGCGGCUGCGGUAGCAGGUGUGAAGGUCAGUUCUGGGGAUGGACCAAGAACGCCAGGGCUGUGGGGCAGCGGGACGCAGCCAUACCGCACACACGAGACUCAUGUUCCAGCAUUCAGCACUGUCAGCGACCGGUUUCCUGUUAGACAAAGGCCCUGGCAGCCUGGAGAAGUGAGUCUCAGCUGAAUGGAAAGAACGGGAGGUGGAACGUUAAGUCACUGUUUUUCCCAGGGACACCAGUUUUGGCUCCCAACCCGCAGUCAUCAGUUGACUGCUCUGGAAGAGGAAGAGCAGGAAGUGGGAGCCAGAGAUGGAACUUCAGGUUUUAAGUAAAUAAUCAUGAAAAAGAAAAAAAAAAAAAAAUAUAUAUAUAUAUAUAUAUAUGUGACUGACAAAAGAUUCCAAGCUGUUUUAGCCAUGACAAACCAAAGAGUGCCCAGGUCAGCCAAGAAGGAUGCGUGCUCUCACGAGACUUCAGUGUGCAUCACACGGGAACGUUGAAGAGUCCUUCUUCUGUCUCACCCACUACCCCCAGCCCUUACUGCACUGCAGCGGGUUAGCUUAGUGUGCUUUAUUCCAAGGACUCAUAAUAAAUCCCUGGUUUUCUCCUGUACCUUAGGACAGGUGUAAUUCCAGAGAUAACCACCAGAUGGCAGAAGGACUGCACAUACGUGCCUCCAGGAAGGAACGCUCUCAGAUCAAGAACCACAGGGGGCCUUAGGGAAAACUUGAAAGUGAGUGGGGUUUCCGUUUGGGACACCAGUCUCCACCCCCUUGAUGCCCUCAGUCAGGUACUCAGUGCUCCCGUGCUGCCUGCUGAAUCCCAAGCCAUUCCCAGAUUUCCCUAUCCAGGCUUCCCUCCGUCACUCCCACCUCCCGCAGCCACUCAGUCAGAAAUCAGAUGGCAAAGGGACUGGUCAUUCCUCUGGGUUAUUUGCAUCUCGAAAGGAAAUGCUUACCCACAGGAACCUUGAACUCAGGGGUUCUUCACUUGGGGUCCAUCACCCUCGGGGGUCCAUAGUUGGACUUUGGAGGGGCUAUGAAACCCCAAAACUGUCAGAGUUUAGUGUUUGUCCUUGUGCGUGUUUUCCAGAGGGUUAAGGCUUUCCUAAGUCUCAGUGGCCUCAGACUCACAAAGGGUUAAAAUAAAACUCAUUAUUUUAAGUAGUGGACCCAUGGGCCCAGAGUUUCUGCAAUGCAGGGUGAAGUGAAUACUGGGCGGCUUGAGUCAGAUUUUUUAAUUAGACAUGAUCUUCCGGGGUGUCCAUCGCUCAGCAGGGAAGGCUGGCCUCCCUCCAGGAAGUGGAGUUCUCAGAAGUUCCAAGCACAACCUGUGUAUAAACUACACCCCACACCCUUGUCCCCACCACCCCAGAGCUGCUGCUGUACACAGGAGGGUCACAGCAUGCAGGAGGGAAGACGUGGGAGCCGGAGACGCCUUUCUGGUGGUGUCUCCUUGACUUGGACUUGACCCUCGCCUGACCUGCCCAGCAGGAGGCUCAGCCAUGCAUGACUGCUCCUAGAUAGCUGCACAGCCACCCCUGCCAACACCUGCUCUGGCCCCGCAAGAAGAGACGAAGCAGCAGCCCCAGACCCCAAGCAGCCAGCUUGGAGCAGGAGCUGCCAUCCUGCGGCCUCGUCCGGCUGGCCACUGGCCCAAGGGAGCCUGCCUGGCGAGGUUGCCCGUCGUGACCCAGGGCCACCUGCUCAGGCCGCUGCUGCUGGGUAACAUCCAUCCCUCUGCAGAAUCCCCAAGGAGCCUGUCACCACUCCCCUCCCUGUCCCCUGCACCCUCCUCCCAAGAUUUUCUUCAGGUUAAAAAUCAAAGUUUAAAAAAAAGAUUUUAAGAUAAAGCAUUUAUGAAGGCUCAAUAAGUUGUACAUACUUUUUAAAUAAAAUGAAAAUGCCUUUCCUGGAA